AUGGUUGAAUUAUCCGAUUAUCAAAGACAAGAAAAAGUAGGAGAAGGAACAUAUGGAGUAGUAUAUAAAGCAUUAGACACCAAAAAUAAUAAUAGAAUAGUUGCUUUAAAAAAAAUAAGAUUAGAAUCUGAAGAUGAAGGAGUACCAUCAACUGCAAUUAGAGAAAUCUCAUUAUUAAAAGAAAUGAAAAAUGAUAAUAUAGUUAGACUUUAUGAUAUAAUUCAUAGUGAUUCUCAUAAAUUAUAUUUAGUAUUUGAAUUUUUAGAUCUUGAUUUAAAAAAAUAUAUGGAAUCAAUUCCUCAAGGUACAAAUAUUGGAUUAGAUCAACCAAUGAUUAAAAGAUUUAUGAAUCAACUUAUAAAAGGUAUAAAACAUUGUCAUUCUCAUAGGAUUUUACAUCGAGAUUUAAAACCACAAAAUUUAUUAAUUGAUAAAGAAGGGAAUUUAAAAUUAGCUGAUUUUGGAUUAGCAAGAGCUUUUGGAGUUCCUUUAAGAGCUUAUACUCAUGAAGUUGUAACAUUAUGGUAUCGAGCACCAGAAAUCUUGUUGGGUGGUAAACAAUAUUCAACAGGAGUAGAUAUGUGGUCAGUAGGAUGUAUAUUUGCAGAAAUGUGUAAUCGAAAACCUUUAUUUCCAGGAGAUUCAGAAAUUGAUGAAAUUUUUAGAAUUUUUAGAAUCUUAGGUACACCAAAUGAAAUAAUUUGGCCAGAUGUAAAUUAUUUACCUGAUUUUAAACAAGGUUUCCCACAAUGGAAAAAAAAAUCAUUAGCUGAAUUUGUUCCAAGUUUAGAUAAUAAUGGAAUAGAUUUAUUAGAAGAAAUGUUAGUAUAUGAUCCAAGUAAAAGAAUUAGUGCAAAAAGAGCUUUAAUUCAUCCUUAUUUUAAAGAAAAUAAUUUACUUGAUAAUAAUCUUAAUAAUCAAGGAAAUUUACAACAAUUGCAUAAUGUUAAUAAUUUACAUGGAUCAAAUGAAACUAUGAUUAAUCAAUCUAUCAUAAUGGGUUAA